CGGUGGUGGUGAGGGUGUGGACGUCCCACAGCAUUCAAUCUACUGGAUAACCUGCUAACAACUUCUGCGCUCUGUAACUGUAUUACAUCGCAACGGACGGAUAUAACUGGCAUCCUCGAUCGUCCCAAAUGAGGGACUGAUGCUGACCAGGACCUUGCUGAACCCCUCGGGUUGCCCUUUUCAUCUGUUCCAGUUUGGGUCGAAGUCUACGGCACUUUCACUGUAAUAAGAGAGAAAACAAGCUGUGACAAUGGAUGAUAUCUUCACGCAGUGCCGGGAAGGCAAUGCAGUGGCAGUUCGCUUAUGGUUGGACAACACUGAGAACGACCUCAAUCAAGGAGAUGACCACGGCUUCAGCCCGCUCCACUGGGCGUGCCGGGAGGGCCGCUCCAGUGUGGUCGACAUGCUCAUCAUGAGAGGGGCUCGCAUCAAUGUCAUGAACCGCGGAGAUGACACGCCUCUGCACCUGGCCUCCAGCCACGGACAUCGAGACAUCGUGGGAAAGCUGAUCCAGUGCAAAGCAGACACCAACGCAGCCAAUGAACACGGAAACACACCACUGCAUUACGCCUGCUUCUGGGGUCAAGACCAGGUGGCUGAGGACCUUGUAACGAAUGGGGCUCAGGUGAGCAUCUGUAACAAAUAUGGGGAAACCCCCCUGGACAAAGCCAAACCUCACCUGCGUGAACUCCUCAGAGAAAAAGCAGAGAAACUGGGGCAGAACUUGACUAAAAUUCCCUUCAAGGACACGUUCUGGAAAGGCACCACCAGAACUCGACCCCGUAAUGGCACUUUGAACAAGCAUGCAGGCAUUGACUACAAACAGCUCUCUCUGCUGGCCAAAAUAAAUGAGAACCAGUCUGGAGAGCUGUGGCAGGGACGCUGGCAAGGAAAUGAAAUAGUAGUUAAGGUGUUGAAAGUUCGUGACUGGACCACAAGGAAAAGCAGAGACUUCAAUGAGGAAUAUCCCAAACUCAGGUUAGAAUUUAAUCCUGUUGUUCCAAGAGCCUCGUUGUUCUGUGCCGUCUUUUGUCUCUCAUUUGUUUGUAAUGUCUUGACUUUGUCCUUUUUAUUAAUUUUUUUUGGGAGUUGCAUCUCACAUGAUGUCUGUCUAUGCCAAAUCCUCCAUGGGUUUGCCUUUUUGUCUGUCUCUUUUACUGUAUCUCCCACUUGGCUCCAUCCCAGGAUAUUUUCCCACCCAAAUGUCCUACCCAUGUUGGGAGCAUGUCAGUCUCCUCCCGCCCCUCACCCUAUCAUCAUCACACACUGGAUGCCUUAUGGCUCCCUCUACAAUGUGCUGCAUGAAGGCACCAACUUCGUGGUGGAUCAGACACAGGCAGUGAGGUUUGCGCUAGAUAUUGCGUGUGGGAUGGCGUUCUUACACACGCUUGAGCCCAUGAUCCCUCGCCACUAUCUCAACAGCAAGAGUGUUAUGAUUGAUGAAGACAUGACGGCCAGGAUCAGCAUGGCAGAUGUCAAGUUCUCCUUCCAGUGUCCCGGCAGGAUGUACUCGCCUGCAUGGGUGGCCCCCGAGGCCCUACAGAAGAAGCCUGAAGAGAUCAACCGUCGCUCAGCAGACAUGUGGAGCUUUGCUAUCUUGCUGUGGGAGCUUGUGACCAGAGAGGUGCCAUAUGCUGACCUGUCCAACAUGGAAAUUGGCAUGAAGGUUGCCUUGGAGGGUCUGAGGCCCACUAUCCCCCCUGGCAUUUCUCCCCACAUUUGCAAGCUCAUGAAGAUAUGCAUGAACGAAGACCCAGCAAAGAGGCCGAAGUUUGACAUGAUAGUGCCAAUUCUGGAAAAAAUGCAGGAUAAGUGAAAAGAAAUCAUCCUCUGCCCUCCUGUACUGAACCGGAUCUUGUACCCCACGUGGUGGUAUGGUGCUUACCAGGAUUGCCUUAAACUCUUACUCCUCUGCUGCAUUCAACGCCACUGUAGCUUCUGAGUUUAAUUCAGCAGCAGUCAGUUCUUUUAUAUUGUUUAUUUUUUGUCUUUUUUCUAUGUGACAUUAAGUUUUUUUUUGUGUCUUCAUUUUUGUCACUGAUCUGCUGAUACUGUCUGCACAGGAGCUUCAUUUUGACUCUUUACCUAUAAUCACGUGGACUGAGUACAAUCUUCUUCAAACUUUUAGACCGAAUAACCUGUGGAGGUCAGCAUGACAGUCUGCUGCACUGCUUCAGUGGAUGUAAGGCCUUAUUUUUUUAACCUGUAAGGAAAGCGCUCCCCUUAAACUGUGCCUCAUAUUAAAACAAAUGGCGUUUUAACUCUUCGCUUGUCUUGUGGAAAAUGAACUGUAUGCAACGGGGCAAGCAUGAGAGAUGUCUGAAACCAAGCAUUUAAAUAUUAUACUAUUCAGCAUAUGUAAAUGAAUGAGUGGUGCCAAUGAGAGUACAAAGCGGUGUUUUAGAUUGGCUGUGUAGUGACGUGUAGAGCUUAGCACUGGUCUCUGUGUGACUUGCUGACAAAGAUGGAAAAACUGCCUUACAGACUUUUUAUUCGCUAAAGCAUAAAUGUCUGUGUUCUUCAGUGAAGUUUUGGGAAUCUUUCUUUCAAAAUGCCUUGCAAGAUAGCAAAAUUUCUAUUUUUAAUUGUUAUCAUGGACUGUUCUUAACAAGAUUUUUCAAAUGUAUUACCAUGUCAUGACCUAGUGUAUUUUCCUUUAAAAUCUUAACAGGUUAUUAUUGGAUUUGAUUAGCUGUACCACUCAACAAGGGGUGCAGCCAGUCUUUUUUUUUUUUCAAGAUGUCCAAACCUGUAAUUGUUACGUUACGUACUUGUAAUCUUCAUAACAUCAGUUAGCUUGUUUUCCUCGUUGUGUCAGAAAUGAACACUGUAAUUUAUUCAUGGAUAUUGCAGGUACAGUUAUAAUUGUCUUUUUUUUCAGCAUGGGGAAGCGCCUUCCCAUAAUCCUGUAACUGCUGCCUUCAGAAGGUGAUGGGACAUUUAGGGCAGUUGUUAAGAUCAAGGAUGUCAUCAUAUUGCUUUGGUCUUCUAGACUAAUUCUGACUUUAUAUUCCAGUCUCAUGGGCUGUUUCUACUUGCCGCAUUGUUUCUGUGCCUCCACCAGCUUGCUUGUUUGUGCUGAAUAACAGGUUGAAGCCAAAUCAAGAAUGAGAUAUACAAAUGUAUGUAUUUAUAUAUAAGUAUAUUAAAAGGAAAAAUGUGA